UGGCGAGAUGAAAGGGGAUUGACAUUGGUCGUUGCCGGUGUUCAUCAUCUUCUUCUUCUUCCAUUCUUAUUUCUUCUUUUUCCUUUGUCUAUUUCUCUUUCCAUUGUUGCACUUCGAAAUAGACAAUGAUGAUGGCGAAAGAGAAAGAAGGAGAAGUGGCAGAGGAGGAGGAGGAAGAAGAAGGAGGAGGAGGAGGAAGAGGGAGAAGAAGAAGAAGGAGGAGGAGGAGGAGGAGGACGAGGAGGAGAAGGAGGGAGGAGGAGGAGAAGAAGAAGGAGGGAGGAGGAGGAAAGGGGAUUGACAUUGGUCGUUGCCGGUACAAUGAUGAUGGCGAAAGAGAAAGACGGAGAAGUGGCAGAGGAGGAGGAGGAAGAAGAAGAAGGAGGAGGAGGAAGAGGGAGAAGAAGAAGAAGCAGGAGGAGGAGGAGGAGGAGGAGGAGGAGGAGGAGAAGGAGGAGGAGAAGAAGAAAGAGGGAGGAGGAGGAGAAGAAGAGGAAGAAGAAGAAGAAGAAGAAGAAGAAGAAGAAGAAGAAGAAGAAGAAGAAGAGGAGGAGAAGGAGGACGAGGAGGAAGAAGAAGAAGAAGAAGAGGAAGAAGAAGAAGAAGAAGAAGAAGAAGAAGAAGAAGAAGAAGAAGAAGAAGAGGAGGACGAGGAGGACGAGGAAGAAGAAGAAGAAGAAGAAGAAGAAGAAGAAGAAGAAGAAGAAGAAGAGGAAGAAGAGGAGGAAGAGGAGGAAGAGGAGGAGGAAGAAGAAGAAGACGAAGAAGACGAAGAAGAAGAAGAAGAAGAAGAAGAAGAAGAAGAAGAAGAAGAAGAAGAAAAAGAAGAAGAAGAAGAAGAAGAAGAAGAAGAAGAAGAAGGGGCUAGCUCAGUUGGUUGGGCACGGCCCCUUGCUGUUGGGGCACCCAUUUGGGGUCUGAUUCAUAAAGGCCCUUUUAUCUCAGCAAAUCAUAUCUCAUAUCAUCUUGUCUCGUCUCCUCUCCAUCUCAUCUUACUCCUCCAUUCCAUCCUACUCCAUCUCAUCUUACUCAUCUCGGUCUCGUCUCGUCUCGUCUCGUCUCGCACUCCUCCAUACUCCUCCAUCUCAUNACUCCUCCAUUCCAUCCUACUCCAUCUCAUCUUACUCAUCUCGGUCUCGUCUCGUCUCGUCUCGUCUCGCACUCCUCCAUACUCCUCCAUCUCAUCUUACUCCUUGAUACUCCUCCAUCUCAUCUCUCAUCCAAUCAUACUCAUCUCAUCUCAUCUCAGCAAAUCAUAUCUCAUAUCAUCUUGUCUCGUCUCCUCUCCAUCUCAUCUUACUCCUCCAUUCCAUCUUACUCCAUCUCAUCUUACUCGUCUCGUCUCGUCUCGUCUCGUCUCGCCUCGUCUUGUCUCGUCUCGUCUCGUCUCAUCUCGUCUCGUCUCGUCUCGUCUCAUCUCCUCUAUCUCGUCUCGUCUCGUCUCGUCCCGUCUCGUCUCGUUGUCUCGUCUCAUAUCCUCUGUCUCGUCUCGUCUCGUCUCGUCUCGUCUCGUAUCGUCUAUCUCAUCUCAUCUCCUCUGUCUCGUCUUGUCUCAUCUCGUCUCUUAUUAUAGUGUUGUAGAUGUAGAUGACUUCAAACUCGACCUUUUGAAAGGUGAGUACAACAAGGUGGUUGACGCACUCUCACGAAGGGCAGACUAUCUGGGCGUGCUAGUAAUGAAGUUUGGCAUUUCAGACGAGGUGUCUCGAUCCAUGGUGGAAGCCUAUGAAGAGGACCCCAUCAUGUACGAGAUAAUGCACAAACUUGACGCCAAGGAUAAGGCCACAUCCGAUGAGUUUGUGCCGGUCGAUGGCUUGCUGUUCCUGGAGAAGGCAGGGAAUCACCCUGAGUCCAAUGGCUUGGCAGAGCAGAUGAACAGGGUAGUGCAACAUUUACUCUGGCAUUAUAUCAGGCCGAGUCAGGAUGACUGGGAUGAGAAGUUACCUCUCAUCGCCAGCCGAUAUAACAAUGUUGUACAUAGCACUAGCAGCAUGACACCCAACCAGCCGCAUCUUAGUUGGAAGCCCAGAUCUGCUCUUGACUUUCUGUUGACUGAGAACCAGCCCACUGCAGCGCCGGGCAGCAUCGAAUUCGCUGUCAAAUAUGAACAGCUGCUGCAGCCGGCUGUUGAGCACAUAAAGAAAACUCGGGAUGCCAUGGUUGCAUCUUGAGAAUAGGCACAGACGGCCAUCCGCGUUUCAAGUAGGAGAAAGAGUCUGGGUUAAGUCAUCUGAGCUGGGACAGGAACUGGGAAUAUUAAGGAAAUUGAUGCCAUAGUACUUCAGUCUGUGGGAAGUUCUGGACGUAGUUGGGGAUCAAUCAGGCGGGCCCUCAUAUGUCAUUCGUAUCCCUGGUCACCUACGCACACACCCUGUUUUCCAUGCCUCCAAACUAGCUCCUUUUGCUGAGACCAACAGAUUUCCCUCAAGGAGAUCUAUGCUGCCCCCAACCAUGGAUGGACACGUGGACAUAGACGAUAUCGUUGAGCACAAGCUGAUGCCUUUGCCCAAGCCUCCAGGUAGGGGACGCCCUCCAAAACUGCAGAUGCAGUACAGAGUGCGGUUCAGGCACCACAUUGAUCCUAAAGAAGACCGAUGGUUCACAAGAGAGGAACUAAUGAAGACUGCUCCGCAGG